AUGACAAAGGACCACAAUUUUCUCAUUGACUUUGUUGGGAUCAUUACUGGUGUUCGAAAAGAAAGAGAUGUAGCAUCAUAUGGGAAGCUGAUCAAAGCAGUUGUGCUAGAAAUUUUUAGUGAUGGCAAAAAGGUACAAUGCAAUGUGUUUGGAAAUGCUUGUGAUCUGUUGGAAUAUGAUAAGUUACAAAAAUAUCCAAGAUCUUCGCUGAUUGUCCUCGAGUCUUUUAAAAUCAAAGCAAUUGAAGGUGGAGUGAUUCUACAUAAUGUGAUAAAUGUCUCUAGGUUAUUCAUUAAUCCCGACAUUUCUGAGUCUGUUGAGUUCCUAAGCAGAUUUAGUGUUGCCAGUUAUCGAUUCUCAAGACUUGUGACCAAUGACCUUGGAUACUUAGUUUGUAAAGUUGAUGGUGAUUAUUUCAAUCCCAAAGAGAUCAGUAAUAUUCAAGAUCUUCAUGCAGAUAAAGGGGAUACUUAUUGCUUUAUUAUUGGAACAAUUAAGGAAGUUAUGGAUGAGCUAGAUUGGUGGUACUACUCAUGUGUAUGUGGUCAUGCCAUUGUUGAGCAUGAGGAUCUCUACCUUUGUGAUGUUUGUGGUUCAUGUAUUGAACAUGCUAUGGUCAAAUAUGGGAUUCGGGUAAAGAUUCACCAUGCAGGGUGUGUUGUUUUGUUUGUUUUGCUUGAUAAUGCGGCAACAAAACUAUUUGGAAAAACCUAUUCUGAAGCAUUUCUCAGGAUAGAAGAAGAAUUUUCUGUUGAUCCUAAUGUGCUUGCAGUCUGUCGGUCAUAUUCUCCACAAAUGUUUGAUGAUGCUGUUGGAGAGGAGAAAGUUUUCAAGGUUGAAAUUCAUUCUGCAGUUGAUCCAGAUUACUCCAGGUGCUUUAAAACUAUAAAUGUCUUUAGUCAUAAUCCGGAACCAGCUGCAACCAAUGAUUAUAUCAAUGAAAUGCUUCACGGUCCCAUUUUUCCACCAAACUAUGACACCUUCUUGCAGUAUGCAACUGGUGAAGAUUACAAGACUUAA